AUGCUGUUCCAGAGUCUAUUCCAUCACCGUUCAUGCAGGAGCAGAGGAGCAGAGAGAAGGAGACGCAUCCAGCUGCCACCUCCUCCACCACAACAACUGCAGCAGCCUGUCCACAGGUUGCACCUCACAUUCCCUGCUGGUGGAGGAGUACAAGUGUGUGCAUGCCCCGGUGCAGAGGGCGUAGCAGGUCCUCGCAGAUGCCUGACUGUCACUGCAGCAAGGGCCAAACGAGGUCCACCCGGUACCUCCCAGAGUCUGCAGCGCAACAAGCUGGAGUUUGUCUUCACUACUUCAUUCAAGAGUCUACGCAAAGUCUCGCCGCGGCCUGAGCACACCCAGGAACCUCCCCCUCCUCCGCUUGGACUCAUCUCCUCCUCCCAAUGCAGCCCACUCUACACCUUCAAGUUUGCAGAGGGCCAAGAGCACAGUGCCAUUGCCACCGUGUAG